AUGGAUCGUCUUAACCCAUCUUCAAAAGAUUGCAUAGUUCCACUAAUUGAAGAAAAUUCUCCUUGUCUUUAAAUAAACAAACCAGAGAUUGAUCCUGCCUUUUUAUUACCACAAUUUUCUUAAAUGAUGUAGAAUCCAGACUUCUUUCUUUAAACUGUCUAAUUAGAGUAAAUAAAGCAGAUGUAGUCAUCAUUCUAUUCACAAAUGAAUAACAUCCCGCUAAUCACUGAUGAACCUAGAGUAAUGGAUUUGUUCACCCAAUAACUUUUAUAAUAAUAACUAAUGUUAAAUGCAGCAUUGUUAAACUAAUUCUAAGGUGUUGAAAAUAUCAAUUAUAGUCAAACAAAAGAUCUUGGGGAUAAUAAAAUAAAAAGAAAACAUAUAAAAAAAUCACAUAAUCCUUAGUUCAAUAAUGGUCAUUGGAGUGCAUAGGAACAUUAAGUUUAUUUAACAUUUUUAUCAUAACAUCGAGAAGUUAUGGAAAGUUCCGAGUUAAAAAAAACAAAUAAGAUUUUUAAACUUAUGUCUGAUAUCAUUAAGUCUAGAUCUCCUUCCCAAUGUCGUUCUCAUCAUUAGAAAUUCAAUCCUUAUUCCAAAUAUUUAGUUAAUAAUAACAUUGUGAGAAGAAAAAUGAAAGAACAAAUGUUGAACGAAUCUAAACAAUAAAAACAAUCUUAAUUAGAUAAUGAAAAUAUACAAUAAUCCUAAGAUUCAAAUUAAAAGCAGUCCUAAUAGCAAUAGCCAGAGUUGAAUCUAAAAAUUGAAUCUUAAUAAUAGUUAUUGGAGUCAAAUUUGAGAGAAGACCAAUAAUAACUAAGUGGUUAAGAAUGA